AUGGUAGCAGCAGCAGCAGCAGCUAAUAUAAUACGAGGAGGAGGAGGAGGAGGGAUGUUACGUCGCAGUCUACCUCUCUUAUUCUUACAUGAUUUCCGCAUAAAGACUUCAGCCACUGGAUAUCCAGCCUAUACUGGAGCUCAACAUCAGUUCGUGAGUAAAGAGAUACCGGUACCGCAGAAAGAAGCUGUGUAUGCUAGUCUGUGGGAGAAUGUUGAUAUGUAUGCUGACCCAAGCCUUAUAGAUAAAACAGCUGCUACUAUCAUUGGAGUUGGUGCUAAAGGAGAAUCACGUCCAUUUGAUUGGAUACAACACAUAAGUCUUCAAUUCAUAUGUGAGACCCGUGGUGGUGAUGGAUCAGGAGUUACUUCUGAGGAACCCUUGGCGGAACCUCUCACUCAUUUGGAUAUUCUCGAAGCUUUAAGCAAACAACAUGAAUUGGAUCUAUUACCUAGUCAAUUGGAUAUCCUACCCCAUGCCGCCGCCGCCAGUGGUAUACACUAUUCCGGUUUACAUGAGGUGCAUGUAAGAUCACGUGCUGCUUUGGAGGCUGCAAGGAAGCGAGCCAGCGAUGCUCGAAAAGCUAAACUGGCUCAAUUGGCCAAGUUUGAUUUCAAAGAAGAGAAGUCCAUAGCGACAGAUCUAUCGGGAGCAUGGGCUGAGGAUGAAGAUAAGGAUGAAGAUGAUAAGGCCUAUCUCAUGAAUCCUCGUCGAGCUGAAUAUAAAGCAUGGUUGAAACGUAAAGCAGAGGAGAGUACUAAAGGAAGUGAUGUCCUACGAGAUGAAUGA